UCAUUGUCCACCCCCUAGAGGUGGAAGGCGAUCAUGGCUUGGAGGAGGCACCGGCGGAAAAGGUGAACGGAAAAGACUUCACUCAGCCCUUUCGAAAUCACCUUUGGCGAUAUACCGUGGAAUUUCAUCCUACAACGAGGUCAGCGUCCCUUUUUGUGAAGAAAGUACAGGUGGCCCCGAGUAUCCAUCUGGGGCACGCGGAGGCCCUGCUUACCGCUAAUGCUAAAUACCCUGUGGACCGUGUGGGAAUGAAAGUGUUUAGCAUCCCCGCAAGCAGCAGGGUCAGUAACCAAGAGAACCUGUUCUUGGGACAGUUACCCAAUAUGCUUAUCCUAGGGUUUGUGGGUAAUGAUGCCUUUAGCGGAAGUUACGCUAAAAAUCCCUUUCAUUUUAAACAUUACGAUAUUAAUUUUGUGGCUUUGUAUGUGGAUGGUGAACAGAUACCAACCAAGCCUCUGGAACCAGACUUCAAGGCAGGACACUGCGUAAGAGAAUACAUGAAUCUGGUACAGAUGGCUGGUAAACACAUGGAAGAUCGUUCUCUGUUAAUCGACCGUGAGGAGUUUGCACAGGGUUACACCUUGUUUGCCUUUGACCUGUCUCCUGACCAGGAAUGCGCCAAUCACUAUUCCCUGAUUAAAACCGAGAACCUGAGAGCAGAAAUACGUUUUGGGAAGGCUUUAAGGGUCACCGUCAAUAUGAUCGUGUUUGGGGUUUUUGACAAUAUCAUAGAGAUAAAUCAGAGGAGAAACGUUCUGUUUGAUUACAUGUAAACAUGGACACUGUGCAGCUCUCACGUGUCUUAUCAACGGACCCUUACACGAAAAAGAAUUUCUUAGAUGUGUUCCCUUGCGACUGGCUCCCUGGAGGCAAGCUGUCUCAGAGACCCCUAGGUUUGGUGGUCAACACGCAUCCACACAACCAACCGAGUGAACACUGGCUCGCCUUGUAUCUGGCAGAGCGUAACCAUGGAGCGUUUUUUGACUCAUAUGGGCAUCCCCCAAACAGUGUGUUGUUUCCUAAAAGCAUUAUGAAUUUUUUAAACAAAAAUGCCACAGACAUUGUGUUUCACAAUAGACAAUUACAAGGCCCCACUCCGUCACCUGUGGUGAUCACUGCGUGUUUUUCUUCCAUCAUCGUAGCAAGGGUUUAUCUUUUGACCGGAUUUUAAAAUUGUAUUCUAACGACUUAGU